AUGGCGGGGGGCAGGUCCCGAGGGGACUCCUGGGUUCUCCUCUCGCUGACUUCCCCCCUAGGCAUCGUGCGGAGGAGUCCGCACCCCUUCCCCGAAUGCAUCAGCGACUUCGCCUUCGCCGGCUGGAUCCCGGUCAUCGGGGAGCUGCAGAAGCUGCUGGGGCGGGGGGAGUACAACCCCUUGUGCCCCGCCCCCCUCUUUGAGAGCAACUUCCUGCAGGUGACCAAGCGGGGCGAGCUGGUGGAUCUGCACAACCGCGCCAGCCUGGUGACCCUGGGCAUCGCCGCCACCAGCCCCGCCCUGCUCCUGCCCGACGUCAUGAUCAUCGCCCGCCCCACGGAGAGGCCCCAGGGGGAGCCGUUGUGCUCCAGGGGGGCUCACGUCCGGCCGGGGCUGGAGCUGACCCGGCUGAUCCCACUGGAGCUGGUGAGCCUCUACCUGCAUGACCUGGGGGAGCAGCGGCUGAAGUUGCGCCUGGCCACGGGGCGUGUCUACUACCUGCAGCUCUGUGCCCCCCGGGGGGAGGAGCGCCCGCUCUUCGCCCGCUGGCUACGCCUCAUCUACCUGCUGAGGGCCCCCUCGGACAGCUGGGCCAGCAUCCCCUCCUGGCACACCGCCGACCUGCGCGGGCACAGCGCCAAGCCGCCCCCCAGCCGGCGGCUGUGGCCCAUCCAGGAGGAGGAGGAGCCCAGGGUCCUGAAACCCCGACUUGGGGAGCCCCCAAGCAGCAGGAGCCGGACCCCCAGCCAGGGGCAGCCGAGCGGGAGGCAGAGCCCGGACAUCCCCACCAGGGGGCAGCAACCCUCCACGCAGAGCGUAGGGGGACAGGGGUCCGGACGCCCCACAUCACCCAGCAUAGCAGCCCCAGUGAGAUGUUCCCCCAGCACCAUGCAACUCCUUGAUGGUCUUUCCCGCUCCCGGGCGGAGGUCGCCAGCCCCUGGAAGCAGCAGGUCCCAGUGUCCGGGGAGCCGAGCGCAGAAAGGAACCGUGGCCAGCUGAGCCUGGCCAUCCCCUCUGGUUCCCAGAGCCCGGCAGGAACCCCGAGCCAGCCUGGAUCUAGUGCCAGGUCUAGAGCCACCACGGCUCCCGGCUCCCCCGAGCGAUCUAGAGCCUCCGUGGGCGUGGGGCGCUCAGCGGUGGGCACCGCCUCCGUGGGCGUGGGGCGCUCGGUGGUGGCCACAGCAUCGGCAGCAGCGGGUCCCUCCAGGCCGGCCAGCGCCCAGCCCUCACGGAUGGGCGGAGAGAUGGAGCCGGGCGGGAGAUCCAGGGAGCCCAGCACGGAGAGGAGCCGAGCCCAGCUGGGCCUUGCCAGCCCCUCCACGGAGCAGGGCAGGUCCCGUUCCCGGAGCCAGCAUGGAUCUAGUGCGGCAUCCAGAGCCGCCACGGCUCCCGGCUCCCCCGAGCGCUCCAGAGCCUCCGUGGGUGUGGGGCGCUCGGCAGUGGGCACCGCCUCCGUGGGCGUGGGGCGCUCGGCGGUAGCCACAGCAUCGGCAGCAGCGGGUCCCUCCAGGCCGGCCAGCACCCAGCCCUCAGGGAUGGGCGGAGAGAUGGAGCCGGGCGGGAGAUCCAGGGAGCCCAGCACGGAGAGGAGCCGAGCCCAGCUGGGCCUCGCCAGCCCCUCCAUGGAGCAGGGCAGGUCCCGUUCCCGGAGCCAGCGUGGAUCUAGUGCGGCAUCCGGAGCCGCGGCGGCUCCCAGCUCCCCCGAGCGAUCUAGAGCCUCUGUGGGCGUGGGGCGCUCAGCGGUGGGCACCGUCUCCAUGGGCGUGGGGCGCUCAGCAGUGGGCACCACCUCCGUGGGCGUGGAGCGCUCAGCAGUGGGCACGGCCUCCAUGGGCGUGGGGCGCUCGGCAGUGGGCACCGCCUCCGUGGGCGUGGGGCGCUCGGCAGUGGGCACCACCUCCGUGGGCGUGGAGCGCUCAGCAGUGGGCACUGCCUCCGUGGGCAUGGGGCGCUCGGCGGUAGCCACAGCAUCGGUAGCAGCGGGUCCCUCCAAGCCGGCCAGCACCCAGCCCUCAGGGAUGGGCGAAGAGAUGGAGCCGAGCAGGAGAUCCAGGGAGCCCAGCACGGAGAGGAGCCGAGCCCAGCUGGGCCUCGCCAGCCCCUCCACGGAGCAGGGCAAGUCCCGUUCCCAGAGCCAGCGUGGAUCUAGUGCGGCAUCCAGAGCCACCGCGGCUCCCAGCUCCCCCGAGCGAUCUAGAGCCUCCGUGGGCGUGGGGCGCUCGGCAGUGGGCACCGCCUCCGUGGGCGUGGGGCGCUCCCUACCGUCCACUGCUUCGGUGGCAGCGGGUCCUUCCAGGCUGGCCAGCGCCCAGCCCUCGGGGAGAUCCGGGGAGAGGAGCCGAGCCCAGGUGGGCCAUGCCAGCCCCUCCAUGGAGCAGGCCGGGUCCCGUUCCCAGAGCCAGCGUGGAUCUAGUACGGCGCCUGGGCCAACGGGAGCCACCAUGACCCCCAGCUCCCAUGAGCGGCCCAGUGGCUCCAGGGCUCCCAGCUUUCCAGAGCCAGCCAGCUCGCCCAUGACUGCUGCUGCACCUCCGGAGAGAUCUCAACUCUCCGGGGGUGUGGGGCCUUCGGAGGGGGCCACGGUGGCCCUGACCGUGGGCCCCUCUGGGCAGAGGAGCCGGAGCAGGUCCCGGUUGGGUCAAGCCAAGAGACAGGGAACGAGGUCCAGGGCGACAGUUGGAGAAAGCGACAAAGGCAAAGCCCGGUCCAGCGCCAACAGCACCGGCCACAAGAAGCCAUCCAGGGAGCAGAGAUUGGAGUCGAAGGGGAAGUUGAAAUCGGCCCUGAGUUCAGCCAGGCACAGGAGUAGCCUCACCUUCGUGACCAUCUACAGCGCCCUGUCGAACUCGCUGGACAAGCUGACGGGCGGGAAGCUGAGACAGAGAAGAAGCCAGGAAGAUGCCAAGACGCAGUUGUCUUCUAAGCCCUCCAAGCGGGUCACCAUCUCGGGCGUGGUGGAGCUGUCGGGCCAGGGCAGCCAGGAGACCAGCUCCGUGGCACCCUCAGCUAUGGAGAGCAGCGGGGAGCAGGGCCCGGCUGGCUCCGGGGCGGCUCCACAGCGGGAGAGCGGCCCAUUGCCCAAGGCGCAGUCUGGGGGAUCUAGAGCCGUCACAGCUCCCAGCUCGCCCGAGCGAUCCAGAGCCUCCGUGGGCGUGGGGCGCUCGGCGGUGGCCACGGCCUCCGUGGGCGUGGGGCGCUCGGCAGUAGCCACGGCGUCGGUGGCAGCGGGUCCCUCCAGGCUGGGCAGUGCCCAGCCCUCAGGGAUGGGCAGAGAGAUGGAGCCAGGCGGGAGAUCCAGGGAGCCGAGCGUGGAGAGGAGCCGAGCCCAAGUGGGCCUCCCCAGCCCCUCCACGGAGCAGGGCAGGUCCCGUUCCCGGAGCCCCACGGGGACGCUGAGCCAGCCAGGGUCUAGCGCCGUGUCCAGAGAUUCUGGAGCAGCUGGGCCUUCAGAGCGAUCCAGAGUCUCGGUGGCUGCCGGCCCUUCGGAGAUGGCCACGGUGUCGGUGGCCGUGGGUCCGUCCGAGCUGGGGCCGCGGAGCAGUGCCCAGCCCUCGGGGAGGGACCAGCUGAGCCUGCCAGGCAGGGGAUCUAGAGAGCGCAGCAAGGCGGGGAGCCAGAGUGGAAGUCGAAUCAGCUCCCCGAGCGCCAUGAGGGAGGCUGGGACCCCCUGCGCCGUGGCUGCUCUGGGCAUGGAAGGCGAUGAUGUAUCUAGAGAGACAUCCAAGAAGUCCAGAGCCUCUGUGGCUCCAGGUUCUGCUGAGAAAUCCAGAGCGUCGGUGGCUCCAGGUUCUGCUGAGAAAUCCAGAGCGUCGGUGGCUCCAGGUUCUGCUGAGAAAUCCAGAGCCUCUGUGGCUCCAGGUUCUGCUGAGAAAUCCAGAGCGUCGGUGGCUCCAGGUUCUGCUGAGAAAUCCAGAGCGUCGGUGGCUCCAGGUUCUGCUGAGAAAUCCAGAGCCUCUGUGGCUCCAGGUUCUGCUGAGAAAUCCAGAGCCUCUGUGGCUCCAGGUUCUGCUGAGAAAUCCAGAGCAUCGGUGGCCGCUGGCCCAUCAGAGAAAUCCAGAGCAUCCGUGGCCGCCGGCCCUUCACAGCUGGCUACGGUGUCGGUGGCCGUGGGACAGUCCGAGCCAGGGUCUCUCAGCAGCGCCAGGACCCCGAGGACAGAUGCUCAGAGAGCUCCCCGCGCGGGGAAAAGUCGGCUCAGCUCCCCGUGCUCCGGGGCUCCUCUGGGGACAAAGGCCGGCGACACAUCCCCGGGCAGAGCCUCCCUGGGGAGAUCCGGGGAGCAGAGCCGAAGCCAGGCCAGGGAGGAAGGAGGGGCCCGUUCCCAGAGCCCCUCGAGCCAGGCGCCCCAUGCGAGAGCUGCAGUCUCCAAGGGCCAGGGGCCCAGCAGCACCCGGCCCUCGCAGCUGGACAGACAGGGGGAGCUGGGCUGGGGAUCCAGCAGACCCAGCACCACGAGGAGCCGGAGCAAAGGUCGGCAGGAAGACAAGCGGGACCCCCCUGUGGGGCACCCCGCCAGCAGGUAG